AUGCGAAAGGUUGCAGUACGGACAGUAGGGCAAUUAAAAAGCCACUUCGAAUAUUUUAUUAUAUUUAAUAUUUCUCUGCCCUCUCUGCGAGGCAGUCAAAUAUUUGUUUUAGGGUUGAAAACGAAGGGACCUUUUAUAGGGAAUAGACUGAGAGAUGGGAUUAAGCGGAGCAGCAGAGAUGAAGCGCAGGACAUAAAUAGUGUCAAAAUAAACCAGUUUAAAAUACGGAGAAACUCAGGCGGGUGGCGUCCAAGAGAGUGGCAGCUACAGACUGUAGUAGUGAGUGAGCGAGUGAGUCUGAUGGAGAUGGAUCUGGGUUUUAUCCUUCAAGGCCUAAUUCCUUCAUGGAACUCUGUUGCUAUGCUAUGUGGAUUCUUUUUAUACUUGGCAAUUGUAGGAUCUAUACUUCCGGGCCAAGUUGUUCCCGGUGUCAUUUUACCAGAUGGAACCCGUCUUCACUAUCGCUGCAAUGGUUUGGUAUUACUUAUUCUGCUGGUGGCGCUUCUUGGGAUUGCUGCUAAGAUGGAUAUGAUAUCGCUGACUGCAAUAUCAGAUAGAGGGCUUGAGCUGCUAUCAACAACUUUUUUGUUUAGUUUUCUGGCCACAUUGGUACUUUUUGCUGCUGGCUGUAAGUCAAACAAUCGUGGUUCCUCCUUGAAGCCUCAUGUGACAGGGAACCUAAUACAUGACUGGUGGUUUGGAAUACAGCUGAAUCCUCAGUUUCUGGGCAUUGACCUCAAAUUUUUCUUUGUUAGAGCUGGAAUGAUGGGCUGGCUACUUAUCAAUCUAUCAGUUCUGGCUAGAAGUGUUCAAGAUGCUACCAUUAAUAGAUCAAUGAUCUUAUAUCAGUUAUUUUGUGUGUUGUACAUACUUGACUAUUUUGUUCAUGAGGAGUACAUGACCUCCACGUGGGACAUAAUUGCUGAGAGAUUAGGCUUCAUGCUGGUAUUUGGAGACCUAGUCUGGAUUCCUUUCACUUUUAGCAUCCAGGGUUGGUGGCUUUUGAGCAACAAGGUGGAAUUGACAACAGCUGCUGUCAUAGCAAAUUGCUUUGUUUUUAUGAUUGGAUAUCUUGUAUUUAGAGGAGCUAACAAGCAAAAGCAUGUGUUUAAAAAGAAUCCAAAAGCACCAAUAUGGGGUAAGCCUCCCAAGGUCGUUGGUGGAAAGUUGCUUGCUUCUGGUUACUGGGGAAUUGCGAGGCACUGUAAUUACCUCGGAGACUUGUUGCUUGCAUUGUCGUUUAGUUUGCCUUGUGGAAUAAGUUCCCCAGUUCCAUACUUCUACCCACUUUACCUUCUAAUCCUACUUAUAUGGAGAGAAAGAAGAGAUGAAGCUCGCUGCGCAGAGAAAUACAAAGACAUUUGGGCAGAAUACCGUAGACUAGUCCCAUGGAGAAUAUUACCUUAUGUUUAUUAGCAAAACCCAGCUUUGAAUCUUAUCUUUUAUUUAAAAAAAAAAAAAAAAAAAAAAAAAAAAAAGAAGAAGAAAACCUAGGCUUUACUGUUUUGGUAAAUUAUAUAGCCAACUAUGGCUACUGAGGCAACUCAAAUGGUCAUUUUUGUACAAUACAUGUAUUUUGAAUGCACAUUUUGCUAUUUUCUCAAGGAGUUAAUGUACGUUCUUAGCUA